UAGCAACAGCAGUUUCAUUUCCUCAGCUCAGUUGCUCCCCUCAGAUUCAGAGACAAAGACAGACUUUGACAGUGGAAUAUUAACAGUUAUCAAAUUCAAAUUGGUUAAUAAGUGGAUUGUUCUUUUAAAAUGAAGACUACAGGAACCAUGCUUCUCUUUCUAGCACUGGCAGCUAUUGUUGCUCUCUGUGCAUCUGAGGAAGAAAACCCAAGUUGGCCACAUCAUAAAAAAGCAGCCACGAUGUCACCAGCUAAAGAAUUUACCAGUCCUACCCAAAGCACCACUAUACCAGUGACCAAUCACACAACCCAUGCACCAACCACCAAUCACACAAUCCCAAUGACCAACCUUACAACUGCCGCACCAAUCACAAACCACACAACCCACGCACCAAUCACAAACCACACAACCCACGCACCAAUCACAAAUCACACAACACCAGCAAUCACCAAUCACACAACCCCAAUGACCAAUCAUACUACCCAUGCACCAAUCACCAACCACACCACUCCAAUGAUCACCAAUCACACCACAGCUACUACACCCGCUCCAAAGCCAACUCCCCCUGCAGUCCUGGAAGUGGGUGAUUACAGUGUGAAGGAAGGGAAGGUUGUGUGUGUCAGAGCUAGGUUGGCGAUACAGUUGAAAAUUCAAUACAACGUUACUGGAGGAAAACAGUCAUGGGGCACGUUUAUUGUCCAGCCGAACAAAACCGCAGCUUCAGGCAAAUGCCAAGAUAAACAAGCCACACUUAAACUGAACUUCAAGGAGGGGUCAAUCACCUUCUUAUUCCAAAAGGACAAUAACAAUGUGUUUGUGAAAUUCAUCAAGGCUGAAGUCAAUUACACAUUUACAAAUACAGAGUCUCACUUCUCGGCUUCCAAUAACUCUCUGUCUGUGUUCGGGGCUGGGAUUGGACGCUCAUACAGCUGCAAGAACCAAUCGGUGAUGAUCAAUUCCGGAUUCUACCUGGAGACCAGCCAGCAACAGGUUCAGGCCUUUAACAUCACCAAGGGAGACUUCGGACCAGCUGACUUCUGUCCUGCAGACAAACCCAAUUACACCAUAGCCAUUGCAGUGGGUGUGGUCUUAGCCAUCCUGAUUGUCAUCGUCAUCAUCGCUUACCUCAUCAGCAGGAGGCGGGGCCAAGCUGGAUACCAGACUCUAUAAGAAGGAUGCCACCUUGUGUUCAUGAGUGGCAACUACAGUCAAAUACAGUGAAACCUCUAUAAUAUUAAAAAGAGUUGUACAAUUGUAAGGAUAAUAUUACACAAAGUUUUGUCUGACUGGCAGUGAUUCAAAUCAAAUCAAAUUGUAUUUAUAGCGUGCCUUUCAUACAUACAAAGCAACGAAAUCCAUUUCUAUAAGGAUCCAAUCCAAGUGCAAUCUGUUUCUAUAAGGAUUCCAAGAUCCACAAAACUGGCAACAGUUAGACAAUAACAUUAAAAAACAGCCUAACAAAGAAUAUGUUGAAAAUAGCAAUUGAUAAGAGAUUGACAAAAGCAGCUGAGUGAUCUCAAAACUGUGUCAAGUCAGGUCUUAAAGAUCCCAGUGAUUCAGCAUCAUCAACAUGUGUCCCCUGGUCCAGGCUUCUGUGUUUAAAGUAUUGCUGGUGGUUUUUCAACUCCUGUUAAGAUUUUAAAGACUUCAAUCAAGUCUAAUUCUUCUUUGUUCUAAAUAAAUAGGUUUCCUCAAUCUUCACCGUUCAUUCCUUUUAGCCCCGGGAUUAGUCUGGUUGCUCUUCGCCGGACUCUGGGUCGUUGUUUGUUUUUUUUUGUAAAUUCUGUUUUGAUGAUUUAAGCUUUGUGAAUCAUUUCCUUUCGAAUUGCAACUUUGCAACUGCAGUGAAAUGAAAUCUUUUUUUGGGGGAUAAUUACUGUGUCACUGUAAAUUGAAUUAGAAUUCAGGGUCACACUUUACAUUAGAUGUCUCUAAUUACUGUUGAUUUACAUAGUAGUUAUUUAGUAAACACAUGUGUGCUUAUACAUCAUUACAAUGUUAUUAUGCAUAGUUACAAUGUACUUAAUAUGCAAAUCUUUUUGCACAAUAUAUAUAAGUACACAAUCAGAAAAGGGGUUAGGUUUAGAGUUAGGGUUAUAGCAUGCAAAAAGAUUUACACAUUAAUUACAUUGUAACUAUGCAUAAUAACAUUGUAAUAACAUGCAUUUACUAAAUAUGUCAAUGCAAAGUAAUUAAAAACACUUUGUUACUGAAUUCAGUUAUAUUUCAUUUUGUAUUUGCUUUUUUUUUAUUUUUUAGUAAAUAGCCCAGUUGCUGUCAAUGGGACCUUUGUGAUGUUUGUUUCUCCAAGUUGAACCGUAUCGUUUUAUCACAAGAUAACAGGAUUUGGAAUCUCAAUUAAAGUGAAUGGAGCGAUUCUUAUAUAAUCCAAUGUAAUGUAUAGAAAUAUGUUAUGGAUAUUGAUUGUAAAGGGAUAAUUGGUAUGGGUAUGAAAUAUCCACCCUUAUAAAAGCUUCCCAUAGUAAAAACACAGCAAAGUGUAAUACAGCAUAUUGAAAGCAUGGUAAAGGAUUAGCCAUGUAAAUCACAGAGAGGUACGGUCAAGCAUAACUCAAACCAUGGUAAACUAUGGUAAAUAAAUAGUAUUACUAUGGGAAAAGUAUGCACAAUGACCAUGCACAUUUACUGUGGUAAACUUGUAUAAGUAUUUUUCUUGUUUAGAUUUUAAUUAAUUUUCUGGUUUCAUUCAUCACAGCCUGGUGGCCUCUAUGGAGCUCUCUGAAUCUAAAUUCUUAUCUGGUACACCAGAGUGUAACCAUUAACCUGCCCCCCGGCAACACUCUGCCCCUUAGUUUUUUUUUCAUUACUUUGUAUUCUGCUUUUUAAAAGUUGCUCAAUGCAUGUAUUAGCCCUUAUAAAAGUUUCCCACAGUAAAAAGUGUAAUAAAGCACAGUGAAUGCACAGUAAAGCACUGGUAAGCACAGAGGUAUGGUAAAGCAUAUUGAAAAAACAUGGCAAAGCAUGGUAAACUAAUGCAAAGUAUAACCAUGGGAAAACUGCAGAAAUACUGUGCAAAUAGACCAUGUUAAAUGUUUAUAAGGGACAAUACUGUGUAUAAUUAUGUACAUGCAUGUUUUGUUUCUUGCUUUUGAAUAAUAAAAUGUUCUCAGUGUGUUUAUCAAUUA